AGAAUCUUAAAUAAGUAAUAAACAUGGAUUUAAGCAUGGGUGAAAUGGACGUCUGUGAUGAUGAACAAUUAGAUACGAAGAAAUGCUACAGAUGUGGUUACGAAUUAUUGGACAAUUUAAACGUAGUGUAUAACUCAUCAAAUUCAAUCUUUAUCUUCUGGAAUAAGUACCAGUUAUUUCUGUACGAAAAUAUGAAUUUUAAAGAAGCUAAAAGAAUAUUCACUCCAGAGUUUAGUGUGCAUCAGAUUAUAAUAUCGAAUAAUUACUUAAUUUGCCUAGACCGUCGUGGAAAUGUGCACGUAACUUCGCUUAAAUUCAAAAAUACACAGAAACGUUUAAAGACGAGUUUUUCACCGCGAGAACGGAAUAUUUUAGGCUUCGUUGAAUGUGGUGAAUAUGUAGUGAGUUUGAAGGCAGAAUCAGACACUUACUUACUGUGUUUAAAUAGAAUCAACAGUGAUUUCCAAGCAAAAAGAAAGAUUCCAAUUUGUUAUAAAGGUGAGACCGGGAUACCGCAGAAAACUAGCCAAGAUAAAUGCUUGCUAAUUGUUUCCAAGGUUACUAGCCAUGAUGAAGGAAUAAAGCAACUGUUUAGCAUUAAUCUUAUAGCAAAGGAUACAAAUGUUGUAAUUAUGUCCUUUGACAGAAUGAAUGUGUUUGCCUGUUUAUUCAGUUCUAACAUGUCGCAAGAUGACAUUCAGUUGAUCAAGCUUUACUCAUGUCCAUCGGAAAUAUGCAAUAUCCAAGUUGUACAGUUGGAAGAACUUAAUGUGACAAUAGUUCUCAAGUCCGGAACCAUUUUGAAGCUUCCGCUUCAGACAACAACACAAAUGGUCGUUCCAAUCCAUUUAAACACUGCAGUUAACAAGUUUAUGUUACUUAAAGAUACAUUAAUAUAUACAGAUGGUCUUUCUAUGUGGAAAACCGAAAACACGUUUUCAAAAAUAACUUUCAAACAAUAUUUCCUCCGACAGGUCAAGGACUUUGUCAGGGUCGGAGACCAAUUGAUCGGCACAACAUUUUCGAAGCUCAUAUACGUGAUACCAGAUGAUGACUUAAGUUAUCUCGAACCAGAAUCUGAACACUGCCCUGCUGAGAAAUUAUUAAACAAUUCUGAAUACUUGUACAGAUUAUUAGAAGAAGUGGAUAAAAACAAUGAAUUGAUUGAGAAACUUAAUGAGGAAGGGAACUAUAUAACGGCAUUGGCAUUAUCUAACAGACAAGAUUUAAUGGACAGCAUUUUGGAAAACACAAUCACUGUUUACGAGCAUUAUGAGGAUGCUGUCAAAGAAAAUCCAGAUUUAUCAAUAACUGAGGAUUUAGAAGAGUAUUUCAAAGCAGAAUCAGUUUACUUUCUCAUAAAAAUGAGAAUAAUGCAAAUGGAACAUUCAGUAAAUCAAGUUAUAUCUCAAUUGUUUAAGAAUUCCAAGAUACACAUGUCACUGUUUUCUGAAGACAAGCUGUUGAAGACUAACAGCCUUAAUGUAUCGGACUCAUUUUAUAAAAUAAAUGUGUUAAUACCGCUAGAUUACCAAGCGAUGACAAAUGUGUCAGUUGUUAAAGUAAACAUCAGAAUAGUCACGCAUCUGCCGGGGGCUUUUGAUUCAAAAGAACCAAUAUGGACAACACUGUACAGAAAAGAAAUAAUUCUAAACUCGGAACACUUCAUCAAAACAGAUUUAAUUUCAAGCAGACCGAGAAGUUUCAAGGAACCUCAAGAAUCAAUUGAUGACAUGAUUACAAAAACCGCCAGUAAUCAACAUGGAAAUCUUUUUAAUUUCACGGAUACAACAAAUAUAUCAGAUUCUGAAUUUUCCAUGUACGUUAAAUUACCAGUUUAUUACACUGAAAUAUUUAAAAACCAGGAACUACUCAGUAGUUUGAAUACAAGAAAAGCGGAGUAUCUUUCAAAACAACUUUCUUCGGAAGAGUUUUUGAAAUCGAAUAGUAACCUAACUUUUGAAAUUGGUAGACACAAGCUGGACGUUGAGAUAGUAACAGAUGAUAGCCCGGUACUAAAGGUGUCUGGUACUGAUAUAAGCAAGGUGUUGGGUGUUCGAAACUUCAUUGCCGAUUUACUUUAUGGAGAUUACAAGACAACUGGGCCAGAAAUUCAAUUUACAGAUUACGCUUUUUAUACCAAUGUUGAGAAUAUGCAAAAGACCAUCAAAGGCAGCAUGGAGAAUCCACACUCAGAGCAUCUUCAAGAUUUAGCUGAACAGUUACAGAAGAUAAUAGGGAAUUUGCCAAUUUGAAUUUACCAGUUUCAAUAAUAAUAAUAUUUUUAUAAAUAAAGAUACUUUAUUUAUGACAAUACCGUUUAUAGUAUA